GCCACCACUGUACGUGACUCGGUGAAUGCACGCGUUCAAAAGUGCCCAGGCUGUCGUUAUUCUUCGGUAGAGAAUAUCCAAAAUUGGGGUUUCCUCACGGUUUUUCGAUUGUGUACAUGAUAGCCAUGAUUUUUGCGACAUUGUUCGAGUGCUGGUGGUUUAUUGAUGACACCUUCCGCCAAGUUUCGAGGAGAAUGAGGUGAACACAGUGGGGUCUAAGACUGAGUGAAUGUUUUACCUGCUCUAUGGAGAGUCUUCAGGCAACAAGAUGAGAAGAAUGGACGGUUUUUAAGUGACAUUAAGGAUUUUUUUGUGAAGUUUGGAUGUCAGUGGUUGGGUUAUCUGUCGGUCUGCAUAAUAUUGGUGACUUUGACAAUGUCAUCGAGGUGGUGGUAGUUAAUUAGGGACACACUUCGAGGAAUUUUGAUGAUAAUGUGACGAAUUAAGACAUGGACUCGAGGUAAGAGGACGAGGAAUUCUUUAAAUGAUAAUGAUGAUGAGUUUUUUUUAAUCUGAAGUCUCGAUGGCGUCUGUUGAGUUGAACACGUCAAUUCUUGUGUCGUUUUAAGUACAAUGUUUCGAUAAUUCGGAUUUCCUCACGAUUUUUUAUUGUGUACAUAAUAUCGAAGGUUUUGAUAACAUCUUCGAGGCAUUUGUGGUUAAUUAACGAUGCAGGCCGUGGAAUUCCGACGACCAUCAGGUCGAUCCAUCGAGUUUUGGGACUUUGGGAGUGUACUUUGAUGCGACCAAACGAGGAGAAUCAAAUUCUUUGAAUGAAAAAUUGUUUAUAUGGUGACGACAAAGUGAAACAUUUCGAGUUUUAGUUGGACGUAUCAAUUGACAGGAAUUAAUUCCCUCGUUUACUAGUGAGUUGACUUUGUGGUGUGAGUGAAGUGAAUUGGAAACAAAAAAAAUCGCCACUGGAUCCAGAAAGGGUCUGAAGAUGUGGAGGGACACCUGCGGCUGGAGGUCAACAAUUCCAAACUAAACAAUCCUACGAGGAUUGACUGGUGGAUAUUGCCAAGUUGUCAACCUGAAUCGCAAGAUGGCAAACGUUCCAGACGACGAGGACUUGAUUGACCUCGAGGGGGGCGUCAACGUCUCCAGGGCGUCGAUUCACGACGCAACUGCUGACGAGCAGGAGCACCUCCUGGAUGUCUGUCCACCAAAGUUGGAGCAGAAGCUGUCGCUGACACGCGAGCACAAGCUGGUGCGUGAGUACUGUGACAAUGGAGACAUAUUGGUGACACUGGGGCACGAUCAGGUGGUGCCAACGAGGAAGAGAAUCGACGUGGUGUCAUCGGAGACCAUCAAGAGGGUUCGGGAUAUCACGAAGAACCUCGAGCCCGUGAUGAAUUCGGAUUCUGGGGGUCUUGAAGGCGAUCAGCUGGACAGUCCCAACUCGUUUUUGCCAGGAGAAGAGGCUGAUGAUGCGAUGGUCGAAGCGCAAGUCAUCAGUGCUUUCGAUUUUUUGGCGGAAUUGGAUGACAACGAGGAGGAUAUCGAGGGGGGAACCAAAGAGGUCAAUGACGAGGAGUUUGGGAGUGAAAGGAGACGAUUGAACCCCUAUCCCUUGGAGCCCACGUGUUUUAUUAAAAAUCCGAAUGGAAGUUUUCACGAUGUUGAUGUUUGUAAUAAAGAGUUGGACUGCAGUGAGGAGAGACCAGUUGUGGAGGACAGGGGACUCGAUUUUUCUACGGAAUUCGAUAAUCUGGGAUAUGACGUGUCUCCACCAUCGAAAAAACCAAGGUUCGAUUUUUCAGGGACUGAUCGGCCGAAGUCCGUAAAUUUUGGAGGUGACGAGGAGAGUGGGAGAAGGAAAAUACAGAGGAUGGAGAGGAAGUCCUGGAGUGCUGGUGGCAGGGAGGAGGAUGAUUGUUUAUUUGAGAGGUCCAACAGCUGGCGGGACAAUUACUCCUGUCAACCGUCUACUUCGGGAAUUGCCAGCUCGUCGAAUUGCCGAACGCAGAAGCCCUCAGCCUCGUCCUCGGAGUGCUCCGAAGUGGAUUGGUCCUGGGUGGAGGAGCUGGAGCACUAUCGCUCCCACCCUUCCUCAAAAUCCUCGUCAUCGCACCUGCCACCCCCGAGCCCAACCCCCUCAUCAACUGAUCCCCCGUGUAAUCUCAUACCCGGUGUAAAUCACCAGACAGUGGAGCCGACAAGCGAAGAGAACGUUUGUUUGGAGGGACAGCAAUCGCUUGUGCGCAUGCGUUCCCCAAGCGACUACAGUCCUCUCCCAAAUGGCAGUGUCGCGAUGUCCGUCGAGACGACGGCCAAGUCCUCACCGGCCAGUGCAGCAAAUCCACCGCGCGAUGACACAUCGAUGACAACAAUAACCACGACAAUUGACGAUGAAUCGUCCCAUCAUGAUGAUUACGACAGUUCAAUUGGCCGUAAUAUUCAAAAUUCACCCGCCAAUUCGUGGGUGCGCGCGUCAAUGCGAAGACUCAGGCAUCUCAGGCUUCCGGAGGCUGAUAGAGCCAGAAGACCACCACCACAAUCAAUCAACAAUGAUUCGACAAUUGAAUCAUCUGUGGUAAUAUCAGCACCAAAUUCCCUGCCGGAUAUUGCACUUAUUGCACCGGAAAUACUGGCUGCACAGACCAAUGGCAGUGCUGGAGGUGUGCUGAGACCAUCGAGUGCUCCGGUUGUGAGGAACUCGGCACCAGGGGCUGUUACACCCAGGAGAGGACGCCGGAAUACUAGGUCUAGAGAUUCGAUAAGUGGGGAGGGGAACAGGAGGCAGAGUGCUAGUGGAGCUUCCUCAAGGGACGUUUCGAUUAAUAGUGGUAGUGCUAGUGCUUCCGUUAGUCCGAUUUCUAGGUCUCCGCAGCAUCAGAACUCCACCAGUUCCGGCAGAAGAACCUGCGAGAGACAGAGGCAGUCGGACAGGGAAACAGAACGAAGUGACGAGGAAGAUGAAGAGGAAAAUCCACUGGGGAAAUGGCCUCACGCCUUGAGCCCAGCCCUGGCUUGUUUAGGAUGUACACUUGGUCUCUUCAACAUCAGUAGGUUCGCAAUACUCAGUGUUCAAUUCGGUGCAAACUUCAUCGUACAAUUUUUGGUCCUGUCCCUCGUCCUGGGAAUCCCCUUGUUAACUUUACAAGUAUGUCUGGGCCAGCGUUUGGCCGCGGGUGCUGUCGACAUGUGGAGAAUAUCGCCGAUUUUUCACGGAGUUGGGAUAGCCCUGCUCAUCGCCCAUGCCUUCAUCGGUAUUUACAGUAUUAUAGGGAUAUCCUGGAUGUUCGUCUACUUCAGAGACUCUUUCAUCACGAAACAAGACAGAUAUCGAUGGGCUGAACCCUUCGACCUGUACAGAGAAGACGCUAAACCGGUGAACACAUCAGUACCUUUUAAACUUCAGGAGACUGUGCCUGACUACUUCAGCGGUGUAGUCUUGCAGAGGCACCACCUCAACGAACCAAAUCCCAGUGUUGUUACUUUGAAGUUUCAAGUCGCCUUUAAUUUAGCUGUUGUCUGGAUGAUCGUGUUCGUAUCGUUGAGCAAAGGUUUAAGGUCAUAUGGAAAAGUUGUCUACGUUUUCACGCUCGUACCAGUAUUUGGCACUCUCGUUUUGUGCACCAAGUUGUUGGGCUUGACCCCAGCUGGCACCAUUCAUCAACUCUUCCCAGCGACUGUGUGGAAUGAAUUUUUUAUCAACAACAGGUCCUGGGUUGCGGCUUCGUCAGAGGUUUUUCUGACUUGGGGACUGCUUGGAGCUGCUGCAAUGCAGAUUGCCGCACACAAUAAACACAAACACCUCCUCCAACGUGACACAAGUCUCGUGAUAGUCCUGACCCUCGUAGUCCUUCUGUUAUCAGCAUUUCUAGCAAAUACAUGUGUACAAAUACUCAGAUAUCACGGCUACAUCUAUACAACAAGUACCUUUGAGAGGAUAUCAGGGUAUAUAUUUAUGCGCCCAGUGAACCAGCCAGCUCCCUCGGGAUACGGUAACACACCCGAGAGAUUUAUGUCUCACGCCUCAUUUUUACUCGGUCAGCGUGCGAUUAGACCUGGGGCUGAUCUCAGCCUAGAAUCCGGGUAUCAGGCACUUCGACUAUCCACCGAGCUCGUUCCUGCGACACUUGCUGUCCUGGGGACUGAGCAAGUUUCACCUUUUUGGGCUGUUUUAUUUUAUUUCAUCCUUAUUCUCUUUGGAAUCGCUCAACAGCUAGCAAUAUGGCACUGUGUAAUAACUGGCAUAAUGGCAAUCAACACCAAAAUGAUGAAAUUGUGGGAGACGACCAUUACCUUCUUCAGCUGUGCCUGUGCGUACAUUCUGGGGCUCCCGAUGGCGACGGAGUUCGGUAUUUAUGUCGUUUAUUACUUGGACUACACCGUCGGUGGGGCCUGGUGGAUUAUGGUUCUGUACCUCGUACAAGUUGGUGCGGUGUUCGCUGUCAGGGGGAGACCGCAUACUGGAGAAGCUGUCGUGGCUGAAUUGUUUCCACCAACUGGACGAUGCUUGAGACACUGGGCGGGUCCUCUUCUCUCUUUCACAUGGAACGUCAUCCUUCCAGUCACUCUCAUGGUACUGAGCAUCACUCUGUUCAAAAGUAGCAGCUUUCGCGAUCUGUACAGCUAUAGAAGAACGAACCGUGACUACUGGGCGGUGUGGGCCAGGCAACUGGGUGCUGCGAUACAGUUGAUUCCCAUAUUAAUCAUCCCAGCAGUUGCCAUCAUUCAAACUUGUCGAUAUUUGAACAGUGGACCACCGGAUAUAUUCGAUGCUGAACAAGUGGAGAUAAACUAUACUCAUUGCGAGCAAUGCAACGCCAAUCGAAUCCAGCUGCUGUACCGUCCCUCCCUGGAGCCCCACCAGUUGCGUCGCCACCCUCAGACCUACUCCUCCGAUCCAGGCAGCAGUAUUCACGCAAACGGGGUUCUCCCCACCCCCUCGGACCUCCCCUUCGAGGAUCCACCGCCCAAAUACACUCCCCCACCGAGCUACACAACGGCAACAGGAGCAAGAAUAGCGAAGAUGCUUCGGCAGAGUUUUCGUCGCAGCGUCCGGAGGAUCGCGAAUGUCCUGGGGGAGGGUAGUGCCCCGAGGACACGAGCAGCCCUCCAGCCACCUCCUCCAGACUAUGCAACGGUUCUCGUCGAGAUGAACCAGACGAUUCUCCCCCAGGACGUCACUGUGCACGCCAUCGAACCUCGACCAGACGUCACCGACACAGGCCCACAACAGGUGAAUCACGAGAGACACAGGCCGAACACCAUUGACAGAAUGACGAGGAUAAGCUCGCUGGAGAGGUGUCCAGUUGCCAGAACACACUCGACGAUUGAACGCAACAGGAGAUUGCAGAGUGGCUCGAGCAAUCUGACGGCUGCUGACGUGGCGAAUCUCCUCAGGAGCAGUAUCAGACGUGGGACUAACAGGACAAGUCAACCACUGAGACGAAAUUCCGUGAGCAAUCCUCCAGUGGCAAGUGCAUCAGUGGAGAAUCUGGUGAAUGCUGCGGCUCCCAUUGGACAGGACUCACUCGUCUCCGAUAAAGAUACACCACUAGUCCACGAGAUGAGUCACGACGAUGGGGAUGAGAAGACUGGGGGAACGGACUCCACUGUUUCUGUGAUAUAAGACUCGAGACAGUUUUAUUUGUUAUUGAUUAAUCGUUAAUUCGUGAUUGUGAUUCAAUUUCUGUAGCGAAGUAAAAAGUGAGGGAUUAACUCGUCGCGAUUUGAUGAAUUGUUUGGAGAUUGAAUUGAAAAUGAGACACAGGGAGCUCUUCACGUGCACGAGGUGUUGCCGUUUUUUUUUCUAGGAAAUUUUCGUAGUCAAGGGAUCUCGGUAAAUGCCUUGCGAGCCUGAGAUUCUUGGGGAGCACAGAAAAACGAGCUGAAUGUAUUUAUCGUCAUUGUUGUACAUGUGUUCAACGACAUUUUGUAAAUCCUCCACUGGAGAGUUCUCAAACUAUCAUGUAACAUAAUUCAUUAUGAAUGUUUAACGAAACUGACUUGUCAAUGAAAGACUUUGUUUCUUUUUUGUAAAUAGUUGUAGGAUUUUUAUAAGUUAGGUGGAGACGUUUCUGUAAUAAAAUAAUAAAAGAGAUAUAUCGAUUUCA